CACAUAUCACAAACCUGGCUAAAAGGCAGAUUGACCUUGGCUGGGAGUUGGACAGCAGUCUCCCUGAUGUUCUCCCUGUUCUUCUUCUUCCUGUUCUCAAAAGUGUCAUUUUUGGAGUGUAAGGAGGAAGGGACCUUCUGCUGCCUAAAAAGGACUUUCAGUUCCACAUACUACAGAGAUGGUGAUCUUGUUAUUGGAGGAUUUUUUCCUUUAGUUCUCCGUAAAUUGAACAAAUUUCCAGUUUGGAAAAAGUUUGAGUUGAACCCUCAAAACAACACUAAGGAGUAUGAGUGGCUGCUCAAACACUAUUAUCAAGUCUUGGCAUUAAUGUUUGCCAUUGAAGAAAUCAACAGGAACCCCAAUCUGUUACCCAACAUUACUCUGGGAUUCCACAUCUACAAUGCCUAUGCCAAUGAUGACAAGACUUUGGAGAGUUCCCUCAUGUGGCUCUCAGGCCAGGGACAGACCAUUCCAAAUUACAGCUGUGACAAGGGGAAGUCGGUGGUGGUCAUUGGAGGGGACACUUCUGAUUUAACUAUCGCCAUGGGAAGCCUACUGGAGCUCUAUAAGUUCCCACAGCUCCAUUCCUUUCUGAAGAACAUCCACUUCAACAAUAGUGCUGGAAAGCAGGUGGUCUUGGAUGCAAAGAGGAAGUCUAUGGCAAACUAUGACAUUCUCAACUAUGUGACCUUUAGCAAUGAUACCGAAGUCCUGGUAAAAGUGGGAAAGUUUACUCCUCAGGCUACAGAUGGUGAAGAAUUCACCAUCCAAGAGAAGGCAGUAGUAUGGGCCACAAGGCUUAGAAAGGUGAAGGAUAAUUAAAAUGUUAGCUUUGUGAAACAUCUAAAUAUAAAAAUAUAGACCAUCAAAAUAUUCACUAGCCUUUUUAAAAGAGGCAAAUGCCACAAAAACAGUUUGGAGAAAACAGCUUACAAAUCAAGACUUCAUACACAAUUCAGUCUAGAAAGGGCAAAGAAAAAAUUAAAAAAAAAAAAAAAACAGAGCAUGUGUUUCUUUGGAUGAAAAGCCCAAGAAAUAGUGAGGUUUCCCAAUUGCAUAGCUGAGAAAGUAGGAAAAGCAUCUGAUCCAUGGCUUCCAAAGGAGAAAAAGUGGGAACAUUCUAAACCUUCUCAUGAUUUUUGACCAUUUCCUGCUAAACCCAGGAAAGUUGCCAUGAAGUUGCAGUGUCCUGAUUAACAUCUCAGCUGUCAAUACACUAGACUUCUAGUAUAAUAUUCUAGAUUUUCUCAUGCCUAGCUCGAGACCCCAUUAUUUGGAAAAUAUUUCCCAAUUUUUAUCAUAUAUUUCAAACAUGAUAUCAAACAGACAUAAAUUUGUCAAACAUUUAUAAACUAAUUUCUCUGCUGGGGGAUCCCUUUUCUUAUCUGGGCAUUGACACAAUUAAAGAACAAAAUACACAGGGACAAAUGGAAUUAGACAAAUCUAUAAUUUUACUAUAGUGAAACAAACCACAAUAUCUGAUCAAGUCAGUAUAAAUAUAUUAGUCACUUUCAGGUUUUCUAGUGAUAAGGGUAUACUAUUAUAGGAAUGUAAAUUGUGCUAAAAUUGAACAACCAGUAGGGCUGAAGAAGAAAUUGAUCUUCUUUUUAUAAAACAAUCCCUUUCUCCCUCAAAAAAAUAUAAUAUACAAGAUACAAUAAUCGUGUAUUCAUUCAAAUAGAACUUAAUGACUUGGUAAAUAUUUGGGGAGAUACAAAGAUACCAUCAAUAUCCUUCACAAGUGGCUCCUUCUUGUUGACAUUUCACUAAAACUUGUGGGUUCGAAUAUAAUUGUGCUGAACACAUGUUUAUUUCAAUCUGCAGAUAAGUUCAGUAUCCAACUUCACUUUCCAGCACAGCCCUCUUCAUUCUUGAGAUAAAAUUCAGUUUCCUAGAAAGAUGCAGGGAAUCAAAAUCAUUAAACAGAAUGUGUAUUUGUACUAUCUGUUAAUAUAUAGGGCAGUAUAGAAAGUUGAAGAAAUAGCUGACUUUUUCACAGGAUUUCCUGCAAGGUAGAGCUUCUACUCCAAAAUGUAUAUAGAGUUAUUGAUUCUCCUGGCUUCUUCCUUUUCUGCAAAUGCUCAGUCUUUACUUUGCUCCUGAAAAUUAUUGAAAUACUAAGAUUAUUCAAUCCCUCCACAUCCAGACCCUCAAAAUCUUUACGUCAGAAAAAGAUUACUGCUUUUUGUACAAAUUAUUUGUUUGUUAGCAAGUCUCUCAAAUAAUAGCUUUAAAUAUUUUUAAGAAAUCUAUAGGUACUUUCACAUUCAGUUCUGAUAAUAAAAUGCAUAAUACUCUAACUUAAUAAAAGUGAUCACUUUUAAGUGGGAGAAAUAAUCAAUGAAGCACUAUCUUUACAUUCUACACACAGAAACACACAAACACACACAUACAUACACACACACAAACACAAAUACUAGUUUUAAUAUUUGUUUUCCUGAGAAAUUAAUGAGAAUUUAUUCAGAAAAAAGUCUUUAGUCUCCAAAUCUGAUAUUUUUAAGUGAUUUGGAAAAUGACUGCAUUAACUUUUAAAUACUUCUCCAAUACACUGUACUAAAAUACUAUUAGCAAAAGCCUCUUUUGGUCAUAAAUUCUGCUAUUUCCCCCCCAGGAGAUUGAUAAAUUCUUAUACAGUAAGAAAAAACUGCAAUUUCAGCCUCGGAUAUUGUUAUUCUUCAUGUUUUCCCAACUCUUUGAGACACCACAAAAGAUACCACACCAUGGUCUUUUCUCCUCAACAUCUCAUGAAUACUACUAUUGUUUUCUUUCUUUUAUAGUAUCUAUCUAUCUCUUCCUCUGUAAUUCACUUUUCUUUUUGUCAGAGCAGGAACUUUUCCAGUGGGUCCCAUUUUCUCAAUAUGGAGACAAAAUAUUUAGGCUACAGUUUCAUCGCUUGACUUUCCAAAUGUUUUGCCUGGAUUCGUUUUUGCCAGUACUGACUGGUUUCAUCUCUGUGCUGUUUUAGGCAGUGUCAAGAAUCUUCUCCAGCACCACAAUUCAAAACUGUUGAUUUUGCAGGGUUCAGAUUUCCCCAGUCUAAAUCUCAAAACCAUUGUUGACAGAAAAGCCACAGCUUUGUCUGUACAGAUUUUUGCUGUUUUUUCUCUGCUGUUCAGAUAUAUCUGCUUCAAUUCCUUCUCUGUUUGUUAACAAGAAAGUGAUGCCGGCAAUCAGCAAGAUUUUUGCUGUUAUUUUGUUGAUUUUAUUGUAUACUUCUAGCUUUAAAUGUAAUUUUUUUCAUUCAAAUCAAGAGGGUUUUUGAUUUUUCUUUGCUUUUCUCCUCACAAAGUUUUGUCUUAUUAUCUGAGAUUGUUGGUAUU